GAGGCUGUGGAUACCGCCAGAGGGUGGGGGCUCGGGAGGCUGCGGGUAUCCUGGGCGCCCAGGGGCGGCGGCGGCCCAGCGCAGGUGCCCGCGCACAGGCAACCUCAGUGCGGAGCCACCCCGCGAGCGCGACUGUCGCAGCGCCAGCGUGCACGGGGCCCACGCACCCACCCUCCGCACCUGCCGCGGGGUCCAAAAGGGAUCCUGCAAAAAUGAGCCAUUCUCACCCAGCUGGGCUACUUGCAGCGUAUAACAGCCUUACAGAUAAACACUUGGCUGGGUAUUUUAACAAUACAAGGAUAAGGCAGCAUCUCUUAAGAUCAGGACUGAUCACAAGAAGUGGAAGAAUACUUUCCGAAAAAGAAUAUAAACUAAACAUUAUGAAGCGAGAUCAUCAAAAAUAUAUUCGGGAGUGCUUAGCCCAGGCAAUUUUUCAUAAAGUUCUUGAUAUGGAGCGUUACCAUCAGCUUGAAAUAAAAAAGAAAUUGGAGACCUUAGCUAGGAAGGAGCGAAUUCAGAGGUUUAAGGGAGAGCACACAAGAAGAUCUGUUGAAAAUAACAUGCCAAUCCUGUCUCCCCAUCCCCCAGUUGGCCCAAAGACUAAUCGUGGCCAUCGUAUUCUGGUUGAUGAAGGACAUUCUAGUCCAUUAGCACUGACAGCCCCUCGACCAUAUACUGCUCCAGGAAAUAUGCAGCCUCCUAUUCGAUUACAGCCUCUUCCCAGUAAUCCUGCAGUAGAAACUGUCCCAAAGGUAACUUCAAGGUUCAGAUCAAAAACCUCAUUGCUGGAAAAUGAAGCUCUGUUUCCCAUUGGGGGCAAGAAGGCAGUGAUGAAGUUCAGGAACUCCAUGAGCAAUUCACAGAGAAUGAAUUCAUAUCAACUUCCAAACAUUAACAGCUACAUGAUGCCUAUUCCUCCUCCACCUCCCCAAAAUGGGAAAAUCACAAGAGAAAAUAGAUCUGAAACGUGGAGAAGGAGAAGAUUUCGUCCAACCACUGCUCCAAAUGGCUUAGAACCUCUUUUUACCAGGGAUUCAAAAAGGAUUCAUAAAACAUCCUUGCAUAGUAAUGCAGCUAUUACAAUGAUCUAUUUGGGGAAAAAUGUGCACCUAUCUUCUGAUAAUCCGGACUUCCGGGAUGAAAUAAAAGUUUAUCAGCAGCACUGUGGUGGGGAAAACCUUUGUGUCUACAAAGGCAAACUACUUGAAAAAGAGACCUUUCAGUUUAUUUCCAAAAGGCAUCAUGGUUUCCCCUUCAGUCUCACCUUUUUCCUGAAUGGAAUGCAGGUGAACAGGCUAAGCUCCUGCUGUGAAUACAAGCAUCGAAAAGGUUCCAGGCUUGGAGGCAAACGAGGCUACUUUGGGUUUGUGUGUGUUGAGAGAUCAUCUCCUUGCUACAAGUGCAUUAUUGCGAUGGGACUUGACAAAAAAACAUCUUUGCCAAAAUCUAGGAAAGAAAAGAGCACUGAGAAAGGAGAGGAACUGAAGAAAGCUGAGGGGAAAGUGAGGAAAGAGAGAAAGUAUGGGAUACCAAAAAGAAAUGCGAUCAAGGGUAACAAAACCUCUGUCUCAGCCACUUAUUCGGCUCAAGAAAUAAAAGCAGAGCUCAAAGAAGUAGUAACUGCUGUGGAGGAAAUGGCGAGUAAAGGAAAACCAGGACAAGGUGUUUGGGAAAUCGACCAGGAAAACACUUUAAAAUAUGAAUAUGAAGAAGAUUUUGAAGUAGAUGAGGAGAAACAAGAUGAAAAAGCCAAUGAAGAAGGACAGGCUGAUGUUCAAAUGAAUGGAAUACCAAAGUCACCUUUGGAUGAUAAAAAGGAUAAUUUAGACCCUGACAAGGAGAGUGAAACCUCAUCACAGAAGGCACCAGAUGCCCAUGACAAUGUGAAAGAUGAGAAUGAUGGAUGCACUGAGAGUGAAUUGGAAGAGGAUAAACAAGAUAUGAAAACUGCUUCAUCAACCUCAUCCAGAAGUCACCCUUCUUCUAGUGACAGUGAGGAUGAAUCUGCAGUGGGGGACAGGGAAGCCCACGCUGACAACAGUACAGAUGAAAGUGCCAGAAGUUCACCUUCUCAGGAGCUGAGUGAACAUGAUGAGCCAGGAAAUUUCCACCUUCCAAUUGAGGAAUCCUUAGAAAUUGAAAUUGAAGACCAAGAAAUAACAAAAGCAGAUGUGGAGACCACGCCAGUGCCAAUAGAGGAAAGCUUUGAGAAUGUUCUUAAAGAAGGAAUGGAGAAAGGAACCCAAGGGAUUGCAGAGGAUUUAUCUGACAAGUCCCGGAAACUUGUUUCUGCAAAAGAAAAAGAAAAGGAUAAGAGCAAGCUUUGGGAAGAAAGCACUGCUCAGGUGACAGACAAAAAGGCAGGUCUCCCUGGGGUGGAGGAAGGUGCUGGACAGAUAAUAUCGGAAGCCUUGGCAUCGGGCUAUCGCUGUCACUAUGAUGCUGAGUCUGGUGUCAGCAGCGAAGAUGAGGGUGGGAAGCCACCGAGGAAGCUGGAGGUUGACACAAGUGGCGGAAAGGAUUCACUGCCAUUAGCAUAUGACCUGGCCCUUGGUGCACCAACAAUGAAUUUGGUGGUGGCCGAAACAGCAGCAAUCAACUCAAACAAGGAAUCCCAGCAAUCGGCACAAGAAAAGUGUACACCGGAGAAGAAAGAAGCAAUGGAGGAAGAAGUGCCCCAGCACAGAGAUACUGACAUAGUACAGGGAAAAGGGGAUGCAGCACUGUGGGGAGAAGCAGGAGUUGUUCAUGAGGAUCCCUUGAGGGUGUGGAAGCCAACAGCAGAGCAGUCAGAACUGGUAGAAGAGUUCACAGAGAAAAGGGAGAUUUUUCCAGGUGUAGAAAAGGGAGCAGAGGCAGCAGCAGAAGCAGAAGGGGCCAGAAGGCUGGGCGAAGAGGGGUCAGACUCCACAGGACAAGCGGCAGCAAAAGAUGCUGUGGGCCUGAGUAAAGAUGAGGCUCCUGAAAAGCAGGCCUUGAUGCUGACGGUGCUUGAGACAGAGAAGGCAGCUUCUGAAGGGGAGCAGGGUUUGGAGAAGGCAGUGCUUGCAAAUAAAGCAGCAGCCCUGAACUCGGAGCAUCUUGAGGAGGUGGUAACCCUGAGAGAGGCAGCGGCAUCGGAGGAGGGAGAGGCUGAGGGUGGGGUGGCCGUGAGUGAUGACGGGGAAAGUGAAGAGCAGACAUCCAUAGACCUAGAGGACACGGAACCCAUGGAGGACACAGCGUCCAAGAGAGAGGAUGGUUCUGAAGGGGCAGUUCUUGGGGGAGAGGAACCAGCCGAAGAGAGAAAGGAUGUGAGGAGAACAGAAACACCCCUGAGCCCCUUCGAAGGAACAGGAGAGGCAAGCAGGGUGCAGGGCAGCCCUGAAGACCUUUGCAAGGAAGAUGCAGAAGGGGAAGAAAUAGUGACUGAGGCAGAAGCUAACAGGGAAGAUGACAGGAAAGAAAUGUUGCCCAAGGAAUUAGAUGUAGCAAGAGAGAGAAGGAAAGCUGAGAGGCCAAAAACCCCUCUGAGGAAAACCGAAUCUGAGACAGAAGAGGUGACAAGGCUAAAUGCACUUAAGGAUGAAGACACUUUUAGAGAAGAGCAAAAACGUAAAGCAGAAGGGAAAUCUGAGACGGAAGUAAGAGCUGAGGAAGAGACCAAAGCCCCACCCAAGGAAAUGGGAUCCGAUGCUGAGAACGGAGCACCUGUGGAGGCAUCUGAGUUGUCGGACAAUCCAGGGCUUCUAGGAGAAGAUUCAGUAAAAAAGACAGUGGAUCCCAUAUUUGAAGCAACACCUGGAUUUGAAAACUCGCUGGAAAACAUAGCAGCUCUGACGAAAGAAGGAGGAGAGGAAAGACUGAGAGAAGCCAGAGACACAGAGCACAAAGAUGGAGAAGAGCUGUCGAGCAGGGAGAACGGGGCCCUGGACGAGGGGCCCCACCAGGAUGGAGAGGGGCCCUUAGCAGCUCCUGAAAGUCAGCCAGCGGGAAAGGCGCCGGCCCCCGAGGGGCUGAUCCCAGCCACAGGCCCGGCAGAGGAGCUGGCAGCCAAAGAUCACAACUGCGGUGCAGGAAUGGAGGGGAGGGCUGAAGGGCAAGAAGGAGUGGAUGCCAUGCUAAGGACCCAGGAAGAUGUUCCUGAGGGAGAUUCCAUGACGGCAGAAAAGUUCAGGGAAGAAGUGAUGGAUGAGGACCCAGAGGAGGAGGAGGAUAAAGAGUGCACUCUGGGGACAGAAGUGAUGCAGGACGAGAACCUGGAAGGGGACAGGGACAUGGGAGGAGGAGGAAACACAGAAACGAAUGAGAUCCUGGGAGGAGAAAGGGUUGUGGCUGAGGAAGUUCUACAUGGAGGAGGGGAAAUGGCAGAAACAGCCGCAGAGGAGAGGGAGGUGUUGGCAGGUUCGGAGACAGCCGAGGAGAAAACAAUGGCAAAUAAAGCCUCCUCCUUUUCAGAUGUUGCUGAGGAAGAAACUUGGCACCAGACGGAUGAGUUAGUAGGAAAAACAGCAGCUGCAGGGAGGGCGGUGGUAGAGGAAUUAGUACAGAGUGAGGAGAAAAUGCCAGCGGCAGAGGAGAUGACAGUGACAUGUACAACAGAGGCGGGGGUAGGCACCCCAGGAGCCCUGGAAGGGAAGACCUCAGGGCUAGGACAGGAGUCAGAGGGCCGGGAGGCAGCCGCGGGGAGGCAGGAGUCGGGAGCAGCUGAAAAAUUCAGAUUAGGAUUACCACGGGAGGGAGAGCAGGAACUGAGUCUAGAGAGUCUCCAGGCGACGGCAACACAUCCUGAGAAGACUGAUUUCACUGCAACUCAAGAGAAGCAACAGCGCAUGGUGCAAGGAGAAAGUGAGGCUACAGAUGUUUCUCCCAAACACGCGCAGGCCUAGACUUGAUGGUAGACGGAUAACUUAAAGAUGUCUUCUGGAAGACGUAAAGAGUGGAGAAAGAUUUACCCAAGCAUCUCACCAGGACUCUUGAUUUUCUCUCUCUUUUCUUUUUACUUCCUAGCUAUACUUGUCUGAGAUGAUUCCCAAUCUGUCAGCCCUGGUCAGUAGCUCAGUAAGCACCUUGAGAAUAGCUCAAGUAGAUUGGUAGGACCCUUCUUAGGAGCCAUUGUUCCUCCUGGAAAAACUUGUGAGGCUGUUACACAUUCUACACACCUAACACUAUUCAAACAAAAAUGAUAAUUUUCAAAUGUUUGACUUUUACCAAAGAUCACUGGAAGGCCCAGUCCUAAUAUUAGGGGUUUGUCUAAAGUCCUUUUUAUUUUACAAUACAGAGCCCAAAUCCAUUCCACAAUCUCAGUUUCAUACGUGGGAAAUUUAUUUAAAAUCUGUGGUUUAGGGCUUUAAUGAAUUGGCCUGUGACAAUGAGCUCUAAAUGUCGUUCCACGUACACUCAAAACUAAAGAUUGCUGCAGAUCUCUAAGUUAUUUUAGCUAAUGAUUUCAUGGGUCUUUAUUAUAGAAUGACUUAUAAUCCUUUGAGUAUA